AACCAUUGAAUGACCUCUUAACGUUCUCAUUGAAAUCAAACUAUCCUCAGUGGAGCCUCUACAUCAAAAACAAUAGGAAUUUGCGCAAGUAUUAUGUCAAGUGGCCCGGAUGUGAACCGACAUAAAUCAUCAUAUUUACACAGGCGUUGUAAGACACCGGAAGAUCUUUCGCCAUAUUCCUUCAUUACCUGACAAUUUGCUAAUCUUAAACAAAGAACCUGCAUGUUACUGAUUUAACACAACACUUGACGGUUCUCAAGACAAUAUAGAAUGAAUGCUGAAUAAUUUAAUGGAUGAAUGGUUGAGAGCGUCCGCCGACAGACCAACAUACACACAAGGUGCUGUAAGGGUAUAAACCAUUUAACAUCAAGCAGAAGACAAGAAAAAUGUGGACAAUAAACAAAGAUAAUGGGAUGAUGGUGUAAACAUUUAAGCACAACGUAUACGACGUUUCGCCAGACAAUGACAAUGAAGCGAAAGAGUGUGACGUUGAUCUGCCUGUCUGCUGUUAUGUCUGUCAUCGUUUGUCUACAACUUGUAAACCAUUUUGUAAUGCUGAAAGAGACGGCCACGGAAUGCCAGUGUAGUUGUGACGUUAAACCUAGCCAAGCACCAGAGGGCGAAGAGAUAUUGAAGGCGCGCUUACCUUCGGAGAAACCAAAGGCGAAGGAGAGGAAAUUUAUUGAUAAUGUUGACGAAAUGCUACAGAUGCUGUCUGGCAUGAAUGAGAUACAACAAACAAUACUGGGUGAUAAAUAUGACGAGUUAUACGAACUUCUUACUACAGUACGAGAAAUAACUGGGGGCGAUAAAGACGAAAAAUCGACCACAGCUCACAAAACUGAGCCUGAAGCCCUUCCACCUGAGGUGCAAGAGAUUUGCCCUGAAAAGUUUAUGGGGAAAUCUCUCACAUAUGGCUACCCCUUCUUCCGCAAAGGUUUCGCGACCCUCAACUGCACACAGUUCGUACCAGUUCACGAAUUGGUCACCCUCGUUUUCGAUGAUGUCUAUACGUCGAGCAUCAACCCCCCCGCUUAUAAACGAGUGUUGAAAGGCUUGGCUAAAUAUCACCCAAAAAUGAACGUUGUGUACAUAACAAAAGAUACGCAGGGGGGCGUAGACGAGAUAAAAUCUAACGUUAAGGUGGUGCGUGUGACAGAAAAGGUCAAGCAAGGAGAGGUGUGGUCGAAGGCGUUGCCCCACGUGACGACAAAAUACGUUCUAAUUGCGCCACAUUUAGUGGAAUUUGAUGACGACAUCAACUUAAAGAGGCUCGUGCGCAUUCUAAGUCAUAACCCGGAUGCAUUUAUAGUUUCUGGUGCGUACAGGACGCGCGAUGGACACUGGGAUAUUGGAUGUCAACAGUCUAGAUUUUUGAACUAUACGCUGACGCUACAAGGCGGUUAUUAUUUAUCAUUCUGGGAGUGCGUCGUUUGUGAUUUUAUGCCAGGUCCUUGGCUUGCAAGAACGAAAGAAUUGAAAGAAAUGGAAUUUGAUAAAAACCUACAUUUUGGAGUUUUUCACGAUAUCUUUUGGAAGGUGAAGAAAAUGAGGAAAUAUGCCCUGAGUUGUCCAGACGUGAUGUUUAAUAUCGACAAGCCUGUAGUGCAAGAUGAAUGGUACUUGGAAUUCUCAAAGAAAUAUGAUAUCAGAAAGAUUGUUGAGCCUAAUGGUAAAGUAAGAUGGUAUGGAUGUCGACGUGGUAUAAAACAUAGAGCGGGACGUUCAUGUAACAAACCUAGGGGUGUGGGGGUGCCACCAUGUGACCUCGAGAACCUCGCUGACGCUGUCAAGAUGAUCAUGAGGGAAUGUGAGAAAGCAGGGCUGUUCUGUGAGUUACAAGAAGGAACACUAUUAGGGGCUGUUAAGUUCAACAAAAUCUUGCCAUGGGAACGAGACGCCGAUCUGACAUUUCUUACAGCCAACUACACCGCAUUUAAGACGCUUGGUCCGGUGUUCAGGAGAGCAGGAUACGGCUUUUCGGCGCAUGAUAGUUCAGUAUGGUGCUGCGCUGAUGGUCGGAAAGCUGGCGGCAAGUUUACGAUGUCCGCCGAUGGUUGGAAUAUUGAACUUUACGGUCAACAUCUCAUGGAGUCGGAAAUACUCGUCGCCCGAGGAGAGAAGCCGACGAAGGUGGACUUUGCUGGAGAGAUGGUGACGGUCGUGCGGAACCCAGGACUAUUUGCACGUAAUCGCUAUGGCAAAUCACUGUAUCGUCACCAGGAACACUGGAUGGACCGCGGGAAAACCUCAGGCUGGCAUUUCUACAAUCCAGGAGUGUUUGAAGGCUGUCCUACGGAGGGUCAUUCCGGAUGUCUAAAUCAGUACUCGGUCGAUGGUAACAUGCAGUUUGAUAUGAAUAUAUGUCCCUGCACUUAUCGGAAGCCCAUAAGGUGACAAAGUCGUCGGGGAGCGAAUGAAAAUAUGAACUGGACAGACUGCGUUCAAUACUGUAAAUAAAGUAGAAUGAAUACUGACGUUGUCACGAUCUAAGCAGCUUGAAAACACUCUCAUGAAAGGUAUUAAGCGACAGAUCUAAGAUCUUGAGCACUGGUAUAUCAAUGAUAAAAUUUUUUGUUUUGCGCGGUGAGACGAAACACGUUUA